CAGGUGGUGAUGAGAGGACUACUAAAAGCAAGGGAAACACACUUAAGUUUGCUAUCCACAGUUUCUUCAGAAUCUAAAUACCAGUGGCAUCACAAGUGGGCUUCUCAAUUAAUCCAAAAGAUCCAUCAGGUUGCAAAGAUAAAAACAAUGAACAGAACAUAUCUGAAAGCGGCCCAAGCAUCCUCUACUACUUUCGUUUAGAUGUUAUUUAUCUUGCUCUGUGUUGACAUAUUUUCUUCUUCCGUAGAUGCAAAGCAUCCAGGAUGUUAUCAAUCAUAUGCUGGAGAAUGGCAUUGAGACCUUACUUCACUGGAUAAUGGCAUUUAUAUGCGAUUCCAGUCCUUUCACAGUGCAGAUUAAACUAGGUCUUGAUUUCAAGGUUCAGUUAAGGCAGUUGGUGCAGAUUUUUCAUUCUAGGUUGUGGAAAACGCAUGUCGCGUUCCUUCUACAAGUCGUCAUGAGCUGGGACAUAGAAGAAGAGAGCCGACGAGAAGUCGCAAAGCGGUUCGCUCCGGUGUCGCUGCCAAUGGCGCUGCACAAAGUGCAGAUCGCAGCCCUCAACGUGGUCCAAGUCUAUCUCCGCCAGAUAUGUACAUCGAUCCCAUCAGUGAUCGCCUUGUAA